AUGCAUCAACAUCCCCGAUCAUCGGCGGUGCCCUCUCCGGCGCCAAACCUUCCCCUCAGACCGACAACUCGGGACGGCCGCAGAGAACAAGAAACCGCCCCAAGCUCCCCAACCAUCGAUAUGGGAUCUCAUUCCGCCAGAGGGCUGGGGAUAGAGCCGGGGCCUCAGCCAUCUGAGCAGGGGAGGAGCGCAGCACAGGGAAAGGAGGCCCUGACCCGGUUAAAUCAGAUAAUAUCGAACUAUCACACAAAAGCCGCUUUAAUUAUCCUGCAUUCACGGGUUGCACUGCCUCCCUCCUUUAACAAGGGCUCCGAGUCCCCGAGAGUCAACCGUUGGUUCAACGUUGAAUUGGAUGAUACAGAUGUCCUUCGGGAACCCCUGCGACCAUGGAGAACAUGCGAUGCAACGGACAAUCGACCACCACCCCUCGUUAUCGAAACAUACCUAGACACAAAGGGUCUCACAAAUAAUCAAAGCCUGGUGAUUAUUGAUGAGCACGGGAAGCGUUGGGAUGUGCGCGAAUCGCUCGCGGCACUUGAGAGCUCCCGUGCAAAGCCAUACCAAUCUGAAAAUGACGAGAUCAUCUUGGAGCGGUGGAGAAUCGAGUUGGGAGAGUCGUCAAGUAGGCUUCCGGCAGAUCUGGGCUCUAUAUUGCCGAUUGUGUAUAAGAAAAGCAUUGUGCUCUUCCGAUCCUUAUUCACCUACUCCAAGUUUUUGCCUGCAUGGAGAUUCUCUAAACGCAACAAAAAGUUGCGGCAGAGUCCAGCUCUCCAGAUCAAGUACCGUGUGGUAGAUGGGAGCGCUGCUUGUGAUGACCUCUCACUGGAUCAUUUGACUGCCCCAUUGAGUGAGGGAAGCGAAAAAGUGGUGGACACCUACGGCUUUGGAGUCACGGAGUCGCCCGCAGGUCCCUUUUCAGUCGAAGUCACGUAUCGGACGAACUGCGAUUUCCGGGUUGACGACUCGGAAGCGCUACUGAGCUCGCGGUUUAUGGGUGCUGACGACGAGAUCUUUCGUCCAUCGUUGCCUUCAGAUGAUGUCAAUCGUCCAAAUCCCGAAGUUGGUUCUGUGCCAGUGGAGAGAAGGACCGUUGAGGAUCCAGAUCGCACACGUGCAUACGGUAGUCUCUCGACCUUCCAUCAGGUUGGCCCAACAACAGGUGCAAGUCCUAUAUCAGCACUUCGUGCAAUGAGAGAUUCGGGCGCGGGAUCUCCGUCCCCGACCGACUCACCUAAGAGACUCCUCCCCCCUGCCAAAGUCGUUCCUUCAGGACGCGCUGCGCAGAUUGCUGGUGAAGGUGGAGGCUCAAGCUUCCCACGCCGACCCUCCAUUUCAUUCCAGCCCUUCAAAGCUCCCCCCUCUUUCUGCUUCCCCGGCUUUAGCAGACUCUCCCCUAGGAGUGUCUCCCCGCAACAUGUCUUCACGCAUACCCACAGGAACAUCUGCCGAUUCACGCAUCAUGCCGCCCCCUUCUUCUGCCGCUUCAGCGCCAGCUCCUUCAGCCACCGACGAGGUCGCCUUUCUGCGGGGGCAAACAGACUGGAAGACGACAACUCUAGUGGCAAAGCUAGCGCGACAUCAUCCAAUGCACAGCCCGGGUCCGGCCUACUCACGGAAGCUACAGGCACGAGUGCAGAGUCCAUCCAUGCAGAUGACGAGAAUAUAUCGGAUUUUUUGAAGAUGCUUGAUUCGAAGAAGGACCUAAUGAAUUCAUCUACCUCCGCGUCUGUUCAACCUGGUUCUAGGCAGCCGAACCCCACUGCAGCAGCUCUUGCGCGCUUCCGCGGUAUGCGAGAUUCAAAUGCCGCGUUGUCCGACUCGAUGUCACAGUCUAUGCAUAUGCAUCGCUCUUCCAUUUCUUCGAGCAAGCAAUUAUCAGGAGUCCCACCGAUGGUUGCGGGCACCUCCAUAUCCACAGCUUCUUCUCCUGGGAAACCCAUAUCCCCUCACACUCCCCACACUCCUGCUAUCCGCUCUCGACUGAGCUCGAACAGUGUAGCUGAUGACAUUGAAACCGACCACCAUUCAAGAAUCCCUCGCAUACAACACGACUCGCCGCUGGAAGAACAUCCCGGCAUGGAAACUACACGAGGACCUUCCUCUACCGCAGGUGCUAUCGACAUCCCAACAUCGCCGCGGAUUUUUGACCCUACUUACCGUCGCUCGAGCUCCGUGGCCUUGCGCCGUCCGAUCGUUACAAGUGAAGAUGAUGAAAUCUUCCCAUUCGGCAUGCGCAGCCUCAGUCUAGGGGCCGAUGAGCCACUAAACACCACUCUAGGUGCCGCCCAACAGCAGAACGAGUCCCAAAAAAGUCAACAAUCACCGGCUGAGGACCCAAGUGGCCCAUCUGGAUCUACAACGGCUCCGUAUCGAGACAGUACAUCUAUCCGCGGGCAGAUUCCUGGACCAACCAGCGCCUCAGCCUCCUCCAACCCCCAUGUCUACCAGCCCCGGUUCGCCAGCUCCCGCGGCCGCGGCUACUCAGGUGGGCAUUCCCUCAGCUCAGCAUCCAGCAGCCUCGCCCGGGGCGCCAACCUUGCCCCGCACCUGGUGGACCGCGACCAGGACCGCGAUGGCAAUGCUAGCGGAAGCAAUAGCGGUAACUCCACGCUGGAGAUUCGUCGUGGUUCUGCGCAGCGGCCAGGUACAGGUCGGACGCCAUCCACCCAAGCGCCCGAAGACGACGAGCCGUUGCUUUUCGCCAUGAGCGAUUUCGGCGCCUCGCGGCGCAGCCUGGAUGAAGGUAGGCAUGGGAAUCACGGUGGGGCUGAAUCGACCGCUGGGUCCCGGCGUGGUAGUGGGAGACGGGGAGCAGGGCUCCCGGGCUUCCAUGUUUGGUCGUGA